ACCUAAAGGCACAUCACAUCUCAGCUACCGACCCAACAACAAGUUGUACGGAAAAGAUAUUUGGGAAACAGACCGAUAACCAGCAAUGAAUGCUCUCGGGAAACUUCUGUUGGUGACUUUGUUCUCACUGAUAAUGCUCAGUGUGUCAGUGUCAGCACAUGCGUAUAGUGACUGCUGUCUCUGUUAUUCAAAUAGUCGUUUGCCUUUACGAUUAAUCUCUGGCUAUGCGGAACAACAAUCUAAUGAAAUUUGUGACAUAGAUGCAAUCAUAUUCCACACAGUUGGAGGACGGGCAGUGUGCGCAAAUCCUGAGGCUAGGUGGGUGAAAAGGGCACUACAUUUUUUGAGCAAAAAGCUGGAGGAAAUGUCACAUCAAGGCUGAGCUGUCAUCUUGAGAAGUUAAAGCAGCUGUAUCAGCUCCAUUUAUCACUUUAAAUCUUUCUGCAUAGUAUCUAUGUACCAUAUCAUAAUACAGUUAGUUAAGCUCAAGGCACUUUUACCUUACUCUCAAUGAUAUGUAAGCUGUUUUAUUGUAUGUUCCAUUGAACAUGAAU